ACAACAUAGUCGUCACUGCAUUUCCCAUAAGGCGUCGCGGAGUGCCACGUCAUUAUUCUGCGCAGUGCUGAGGUGGCUUUUGAUUUGAGGCUCUUCGUUGCUGAAAUAUCCAUCAUGACUAAACUCCUGCAGUGGCUGCUCGGGGUCUCGUUACUGGGCGCUGUGUGGGCUCUGGUCGCUUUCGACCUGCUGGAACUGAGCCUUCCUCGGACCUACAGGGAGGUGGCCUGGCCCAUGCCGCUCUACCUGCUGGUUUCGUUCGGCUGCUACUCCCUGGCUACGGUGGGCUAUCGGGUGGCCACCUUUAACGACUGCAACGAGGCGGCCAGGGAACUGCAGGAGCAGAUCAAGGAAGCCAAAGAGGACCUAAGGAAAAAGGGGUUAAAGAUGUAGGACAGUUAUAAGGAACUCUUUAGAGACUGAAUGGAGAGACAACUUGCAAAGUGGGACGUUUAUAAAAUCUGUUGCUUUUUGGAUGAUCAUGGAGCUUCGUUGUAGUCAGCAGGUUUGACCAGAACUUUGAUUUGAAUAAUAUAUCAAAUAUUUCUGGUCAAUAUCACGUUUUUCCUGCUUGACGGUUAGAUUGUGUUGACUGACUGAGAACGUUUGUGUGAGACAGACCCAAGAGCUCAAGUUAAAGCUGCAAGCCAGACUUAUUUUGUAAAAUGAAUUCACUUUCAAUAUAGUUUGUCAACUAAAAAAACAGCAUGUCCUGGUCACUUUUUGUGGCUACUUUGUUUUAAAUCUUUACAUAAUUAAGAUAAAGUACAAUCUCCUGAGACCCUGUCCACAUUCUUCUGAUGACAUCACAUAAGGCAUAAAGAAACCAAUCACGGUUCUUUUGAAUAUGCCCGUUUGCAAUUUUUAGAGUUGCACUAAUUAGGGUUUUCCUGGCCAAUACCAAUUUCAGUGUUUUAUUUUCUCAUUAAAAUGUUCAUUGGUUAGUUUUUUUUUUAAUUAAAGAACUAAUACAUAAAAAAGAACAUCCUGGCCCAGUUUUAAAGGCAAACAAGCUAGAUGGUACCUCCAUGUUUUGUGUCAAAGCAUGUGACUUUUGUUAGACUCAAAAUAACUGUUAAAGCACAUUCUGGUGGGUAGUUAGAAACUACUCAGCCAGUAAAACUAUUAGUUUUGAUAGAUUUAAUGAUUCGGGACCAAUAAUUCUGUGUUGCUUUUGCCCUGUUGUGUAUAUUAUUGUGCAUUUUCUCAAUAUUUUUGGUUGGAUUGUGUUGCUCACAUGCUGAAUACAUCAUCGAACAUUUGCAGUAUGUUAUUAGAAACCUGAUAAAUGGAAACCAAAGGUUAUAAAUAAACACUGGAUCUUAUAGGAAUUUUCUGGAUUCUUGUUUCUGUCGGCUCUGAAAUCAUCCAAUUUAAAUGUGGAACUGUAGUUGUUCUGUACUUGUCAAAAGCUGAAUUCUUGUCAGAGCAGAUAAACUUAGAUUUUACCUGUAAAGAAGAGCACAUUCCUCUGUUCAGCAUCUGAAAUGAGGCCCUGAGGUGUUGCUGUGAAUUAAUUAAACUGCAGUUUAUUUUCUGA